CUCACCUGGGACAACUCCAGCAUCUUGUCGCGCAAUUACCUCCAUCAUUGGCUUGGCGCGACUGUUAUGCGGGUUUCGCCAUUAGCUUGAGCUCUGUAUCAAUAAGGCGCGAGCUCUUCUCAAGCUCCUCCCAGCCACGGCGGUACUCCACCCUCAGGAAGGAUACACUACUGCCCGUGCGGGACAUCGCGGAACCUUGGUCAUCCUGGCGCCAGUCACAGUCCAGUACCGUAGCAUGGCAGACGACCCGAGAGGGGGAAGUGGAAUUCCACCGCGCGAUAAUCCCGCGAAUCCUCAAUACCCCGGCCCACCAGGCGAGGAAGACGAAAGAAUGUCAAGUUACCACCUACCUCCACCACCCAUGGCUCCAGCCGUGACCUUGCCCUCGAUCCAGGAUGCGCCGCCGUCUUACGCGGCUGGGCGUGGUUACGGCCCUCCCCCAGAUCCAAGGGCAGCGGCGCACUACUCUGCCUCACCUACCAAUGCAAAUGGAUAUCCCGCUCCCCAGGGUCCCCCUUCCUAUCCAUAUCAUCCUGACCAGCGGCCUUACGCGGACUAUUAUGCUGCCCAAGGAAGGCCUGUCUCGUAUCCGCCUCCGGACCCUUACGGACCACACUACGGGGGUUACAGGCAACCCCCCGGCCCGGCAUAUGGUCAAUACCCAGGAGAUUACUCCCGGGUCGGCGCGCAACAACCACCUCCGCAGCAACAGGCUGCGCCGAGACAGAGGACAUCGAUAGCCUGCAGAUAUUGCAGGAAACGAAAGAUUCGGUGCAGCGGCUACCAGAACACCACGAAUGGGAAAUGCACAAACUGCGACAAGCUCAGGAUCGACUGCGUUUUUCAGCCAGUCUCGUCGAAUUCGUCUACAGCUUUCAUUCCCGUGUCAGCUGUUCCGGGGGGAGUACCCCCAGGAACGCCGCUCUAUGGGGCUUAUGGGCAACCCCUGCAGCCGGCCGGUACCGCUUCUGCGCCGGCGCCAUACGCACCUUCUCCUUCGGAUUAUCAGCAUCCGCUGGCAUCGCCGGCAAGUCAGUACCCGCCUCAUGCCGAUGAAAGGGGCGAUCCAGGUCGCCGCCGGCACCGAGGUCCUGAGGACGACCCUGGACUGCGGCUGCCGCCACCGAACCCAUUUACGCCAGACGAUGACCCCCGACGACGGUCUCCGGCAUCAGGCCAGAACACGAGCACUCCGCCGACUGCCUAUCACCAGUACCAGCACCCCAGUGGCUACGAGGUCGACAGAACGCCCACUCCGCGUAGUAAUAGCAGCGGCCAUCCGCCGCCCCAAUCAGGACCGGGGAGCUCGAAUAUCAUGAGCCUGGGGAACCUAGUGGACCAGGGCCCACCUCCCCAGAGGCACGGCGACUCGGGCCACGACAUUGAUCAGAGCAUGUUGGGAAAGCUGAACCGGCGGACAUAGUCGUCCGUGCUCGGGCGGGGAGAGACGAAGCAAGUAACAAACAGCACUGGAGCGAAGAAAACUUGGGGAAGCCUCGAGUUAGGCAACAUGCUAUGUUGAAAAUAAUCAAAGGGGCAAAGACGGUGUCUGCUGCUGGCCAGCAUUCGUCCAAACCCGCCUCGCUCGACUCUCUCUAGCUUUCUCUUUCCUCCU